AUGGCCGACUGCAGGAGGGCAAUGGAGCCUGCUGGAGAAUCUCCCUCCCUGGCAGGAAGUUCAGAAACGUUUUGGACGACGACAGGCAUGUUCCCCCAGGAAUUCAUUAUUGGUUUUCCUAAAUGUGUAAAAAUCAGCAAAGUCGCAAUCCACUGUUACUUGGUGCGGACCUUAAGGAUUGAAAGAAGCAUAUCUAAAGACCCAGUAGGUUUUGAACAGUGCAUUGAAAAAGAUUUGCAACACACAGAAGGACAGCUUCAAAUGGAAGAAUUUCCCCUUCCUGAUUUCCAAGCCACUUACCUGCGUUUUAUCAUCAAGUCUGCCUUUGAUCAUUUUGUAUCAGUGCACCGGGUGAUGGCAGAGGGCACAGCAGAAAACACUUAAGUCCAGCUUAAAUUUGUACCUCAUUUUUUUUAAUAAAGAAGUUAUAGUUUGAUAUCUGUAGCACGGAGAAUAUUUAUUAUUAAAACCUUGUAUUAAAGUGUUUUUUGAAGGUAUGGAUGUAGUAUGUAUUCCCCGCCGGUUUAAUGUAUGUAAUGCAGUAUUCAAUAUUGUAGUUAACAGCUUUCUAGUUUUAUAGCCUAGACUGUUACCCUAGAACGCUUGAACAUAACUGAGUCCAUUUAAAUUAGUAUGUUUAUAUCAGGCUUUCUUAAUACAUGAAUUAAAACUAGAUU